GCCCAAAUUUGUUCAGUUAGAGAAGUCCCAUUUCCCAACAGUCUGAUUUCUGCUAUACAAGCACUUUCUACAACACUGCCUUAGAUCUCAGUUUACAACAUAUCAAUUUGUCAAAUCAAUCCUAAGUAUAUAUCUUACAAACAGCCUUGCCCGUUUCUGGCUAUAGACGGGCCAAAACAGACACAAAGUUUAAAUAAUAAAAAACGAUGGCCACAACAGUUCCUUUAGUUUGGCAUGGCGGACAGCUCUACAUACUACGAUUACCCAUGACCCUCAACUUGUUGGCCAUUGCUAUGGAGAAGAAGCCAGUCAUAUCAUAGUAGUAGAAGUAGAAAUAUAUUUAUCCACAAUUCAGAUGUACUUUAAUUCACAUGCAGACUGUUUUCUCAAGACCAUAAAGUUUUGGCUUCCUCCCACCAUUUGCAGAGCAUGUAACAUAAUUUUAGCUCUGUGACUGGAUGUUUCUAGCAGAAAUGCACAUUGGGAGUUAAUUUCUCUCUGAAGUUUAUACAAGCUUGUACCUUCAAUUUUUAAUCAAUGAAAAAAACAUUUAAAAUCUCUGAUUCAUGUCUACCCAAGCUGGAGAAGUGUUCCAACUAGGAGUCACACAAUGUUGUCUAUGGGAAAAAUGUAUCAGACUUCCAGAAUCAAGGGUGCCCAUAAUAGCUCCUCCAACUUUCCAACUCUAUUUACUAUUAACUGGGUACAUGUAUCUGUAAAAAAAAAAGAUAGUCCACAACUAUAAACGUGUGUAUUGUGGAACGUCUCUCAGUUUACCACUUGUAGUAUUGGAUACUGGACGUAAUUUACAUUAUGCAAGGAACUUGGAAAAAUGAGAAAAUAAAGCCUUGCUAUUUUUGGUUAGCUUUCUACAAGCAUGCGUCUAUAUUUGUUGAUGGAGAAAGAAAAGGCAGUCAGGCAGUGACAGAAAAGGCAGUGCCAGGUACUGAUGGUCAGUGGAAUUUUAAUAAGACCACUGCACUGGCUCAACACAAUGCAACAUCAUCCAGCUGCGCACUGCAUUGGCCAAUCAAAUAUGUGCAUACAGUCAUUCCAAGUUGAUUACUUUAUACUGUUACUUUCUGAUGAUAACCAUGGAAAUUUCUGACUUGAACUUGAAUUCUCUUGAAAAGAGUAUCACAAAUGCAUUAUUAAUUGUGGUGAAGCUCUAGACUGUCCUGUGUCGGGGUGGAACAGGUUCAGCAUGUCCUUCACGCGGUAUCGGGGACACUCCUUUCGGAAAUAGCGAGUGUAGAUCGGAAGUUGAUAUAGGGAUGCCAGUCCUUGAUGUGCUGGCUUCAUUUGCUUACAAUAGUAGAACUAAACCCAUGCAAAAACAUGGUACUUAAAUUGCUAUAUGUACAUAACUGCAAUUUGAAUCUUCAUGUUCAAGUAUUAAAGUCAGUGUUGGUAGCCUCACUGUUAGAAAAGCAGAUGUGGAUCUAAAAAUGCACUGUAUCAACACUACAGUCUUGGCAGGGGCAAUCUCUUUUCCUCUUUUCUUUUAAGUUUCCUGGCAGGAAGCCGUAUUUCCAUUAGUUGUUAUCUGCAAUUAAGUGCAGAGUAAGUAAAUUACCAGGUGUGUGUGUGUGUGUGUGUGUGUGUGUGUGUGGGAAGGGGGGGACAGUUAUGAUGAGGUGCUGUAAUGUGAAUUAUUAAAGAUGACAAGCUGCUUGUAGCCACAAAUGGUAUACAGUCUUUUUAAAAGUGUGUUGUAGGAUAAGUUAAAACUGAAGUAAAAGCAAAAUAUUGUGUGUCAUCCAAACCUUGGUAAACAAAACCACAAAACAACAACAUAGGCCUGCAGUCACGAGGGAAAUCACUUUCCCGACAUUUCUCUCCCCCGUGUAACUUAGUCAGUUCCGUUCACCUCAUCCACCCAUGUGUUACUCCCCCAUCUCUGUUCAUGCCACUGGGGUGCUAAACCGGUUGAGCGCUUCCCACGCUCCUCUCCGCCCAGGCUUGUCCCAGAGUCAAACUAUGCUGCCUAACUGCAGCCAAGACUCUGGAUCAUUUAAUAACAGACGCAGGAGCUGAAAUCUGUGUGUACUAAAAGAAAGACCCGACUCCAUUGAGAUGAAUAACGCUUAGUUUCUCAUGGAUUAUCCUUCUCAGUGUUUCUUGGCCCCUACACCAAACAAGCCAUGGGCCUGCGUUCAACACUGGGAAGUCUCCUGUUUUUCUUUGGGCUAUAUGGAAUCUCAACGGGAUUUGUACAGGAAAACUGUACCAACUACAAGGUCCAGUUUGAGAGGGUUUACUCUGUUCCUGGGGAUAUGGCUAUGCUGAAUAGCACCCUGGUGUCUCCAGAUGUCUUCAGCUUCACAACUGUCCCUUACAACAUCACCUGGUAUGACUCAAAGACGGGCCGAGAAAUGAGCAACCAGACCGGUCGAAUCCUGGUUUACGGGGAGACUCUGUGGUUUCUUAACAUGACACUGGACGAUGACGGGGAAUAUGUGAGCAUACUGAGAACUCCCUCUCGCUGCUACAGGCAGGCCACCAAGCUGGUAGUGGAACUGCCAAUUGCUGGAGAGUGUGGUAGGCCAAGGAAAGCUAUUCAAACACUUAUGAGGGGAGUCACUGACAGCCUGUCCUGCCCUCUGAAGGACUACAUCAAUAAACUGAACAGCUACAACAUCACUUCCUCCAUCAAGUGGUACAGAGGUUGUGACCCCAUUGUUGAUGGGACAGGCAAGUAUACCUACUGGGAUACAACCCACCUGAAGAUUGAUGGGGUGGAACCUCAAAACAACAGCCUCUACACCUGUACCUUGACCUUCACUCUCGGAGGCAUCACAGGAUCCGUGUCAGAGACCAUUGACGCAUGGGUUAGAGUGGAGUAUUAUUUGGUUCCAGAAGUGCAUGAACCAGCCAAUGAAAUCUUCAAGGCACAGAUAGGGUCCAAUUUCAGCAAGCAGUGCCGAGUGUUUGUGCCAUCUGUUGGGAGCCCUUCAGUUGAUAUCUUUUGGUUGGUCAGAGGCGUUUUGAUUUUCAAUACCAACCCCUCUGAACGUGUCUACACGUCAAAUAAACGUUUGUGGAACCAGGAUGUUCCUCGUAAAGGUGUGUGGUUCGAGCGACAGCUGUUGGUUUCUGAGCUGAGGGAGGAGGAUUUCCACAUCAACUACACUUGUCGAGCAUACAGUGCCAGAGGCAAUCCUGAGGGAUAUUUUACUCUGCUACCAGAAGAUCCCAACAUCAUACUUCCCAUUGGAUUCAUGCUUGGUGGCAUGACGGUUCUCUUUAUCAUCAGUGUCACCAUCUACUACCUUUUUAAGGUUGACAUUGUGCUGUGGUUCAGGAGAGCGUUUCCAGUCCUCUAUUCAAAUAAAGAAUUGGAUGGGAGGCUGUAUGAUGCCUAUGUGGCAUACCCACAGCCCUGUUCAAUCGGAUUCAGCAAGGAAGUGGAGACAUUUGCCCUUCACACACUGCCUCAAGUGUUGGAAAAAGCUUGUGGCUACAAACUCUUCAUAGCAGGCCGUGACUGUCGGCCCGGGCAGGCCAUCGUGGACUCAGUGGAAGAGAAUAUACAAGCCAGUCGCCGCCUCCUUCUGCUCUACACCGCCACCACUUUCACCAGCAAAGGACACACAAGCAGCCUUAGCAAUAAUAACAACAAUAUAUCUAAGAGCAAUGAGAGCACCGAAAGCAAGACCAGAGAAAGCAGCAGCAGCAGCAUGAGUUUUGAUGGUAGUGAAGAAGUUUAUUCAGACACAAGGCAGCAGUUGGAGUGCGUGGCAGCAAUGCACAGAGCGCUGCUGGAGGAAUCUCUCAAGGUGGUUCUGGUUGAGUUGGAAGAAGUCACCCGGGCUCAGCUGGCUCUUUUCCCAGAGUCAGUGCGUCACCUGAGGAAGAAGCAGGGCGCUGUGUGUUGGUGGAAGAACCCAACGGCGAGUCAGAGGACAUGUAUGAAGAGGAGAGAGGACGAGGAGAAAAGUGGACAAAACACACAGUUGUCGCCAUCCCUCUCCCCUUCCUCCAGGUUUUGGAAGGAGAUGAGGUAUCAUAUGCCAGUGAGGGGCAAGAGGGUGGUGUACCCCGAGAAAUCUCCCCUUCUAAACUUAUGAUGGAGUUAUAAUAUUUAUGUGUCAACUGUUUGACCAGACAGGAGGGUUUCCAAUGCAAAUGUGUAUGGUAGUGAAUGCCCUCACAUGCAGACAGUUAAAAAAAACUGUGCUGUCACCAGAAGCAUUCCAAGUCAAGGUUACAACCUUGGCCAUAACAUACUCUUACAAAUGUCCACUCGACAGAUAUAUUCUUCCUUUAGCUUCUAAUUGUGUAACUGCUCAAGUAGCACAUUUCUGACAGCAAAAGGUCCUAUUUGUACCAUGUACAGCAUGCGCUAAAGGCAAAGUAACGGAUCAAGAAAAGGUGGGAGAUGCUUUGCUCAAAGACUCUAUGACGGUAGCUCACAUCUGAUGUGAAGAUGUCUGGGCUGUUUUGAGAUUACCUGCAUCGGUACAUGAACUGUUUACCUUCCCUGGCAGGUGGAGACCAUAGACUGUAUGAAAAAUGGACAUAGUCUCCGUGACGUCACCCAUAGGUUUCUGAAGAGAGAUUGUGAAUCUCUGUGUGGUGGCACCAGCCGUUGGGUGGAGGUAGCAGACAUCUAGCAACUAGCCACCUGUGAUGGCGCCCACCUGUCACUCAAAGCAGGCAUUCCCUUAAUUAUGCGUAACUGUAAGCCUUAUUAUAAUUUAAAUGGGUGAGAUUUAUAAAAAAAAAUCACCCCGUACAGUUGUCAUCAACAGGGGAAAUUAGCUAGAGAGACCAAAACAGUUUUUUGUUUCAGGCUGUAAAUAUGUUGUUUAUUUCUACUGUAAAGUUAGGCAUUUUAAUAUGAAGUUUAUGUGGACUGAAUUUCUUUUGGAGCCCUCCUUAAGUGGCCAUUGGAGGAACUACAGUUUUUGGCACUUCCACGUUUAGCUUAAUUUUUCAGCCCUGGAGGUUGAGGCUUGGCGGAGAUAAAUGAUGUGGACAAAGGACGACUCAGGAAUCAAACCAAAUGAUUAAAUGUAACUGUAAAAUGUACAUAUGUAUGAUAAAAUGUUUAAAUAUGUAAAAAGAAAGAAAUAUUUCUACAGCAUCAUAAGAAGCCAAGAAGCUAAUUUCAUUUUAAAUGUACUGGCAUUUCUGUUAUGAGUGUGUUAUGUUACGUUAUUGAACUACAGAUGAGGAACAGUAAAGAGCAACAGCCAAGGAGGGAAACGUUUAUGUGUUGAUUUGUAUUAAAUGUUAUUUAUAAGGCAUUUCUUGUAACAAAGCA